AUGGGCAUUGUUCCGCCAGAUGACAUCCGGCGAAGGAUCAGAUUGACGCGCGGCAUGCUGGAGAGAGACAUCUUGGCCUACCUUGGCGACACGGUCUGGGAGUAUCUGGUUCUUCGGCAUCAGUAUCAGCAGGUGGUACGGAGUCCAUUUACAGAGAGUCAGGAGGUACGUACGAUCCGACAGGGUAGAGCUGCUGUCAUGCUUCAUCGAAGUGGGAUUCUUAGUGGUCGGGAACGUGAAGUACUUCUCGAAGGUGCUCAGAAGGUAUGGCUCCAAAAGGUGAGGUGGAAUUUUGAAGGCAUCCGGCAAGUCGGUAUCAACAUGUACUGCUGUGCGCUGGGUCUCCGGACUCUUCUGGGCUACGCCUACAUGGAUGCAGCGUCUUCGGACAAAGACUUGACGAGAAUCAUCACUGAGAUUGGACUUCUGCAGAAGCCCGGGAUUGAAGACCAAAUGCUGUCAGAAAUCACAGCAGGAGUCUUCGACCCUUCCCUGCGUCCUCCUGGCGACUACUUCUUGGCGCUGGCUCCGCUGGGUCAUGCGGCACUUCGCCUUUACGUUAGUCGUUACCUCUGUGAGAGGCCACUGGUGGCAAGCGAGUUCAUUUACCGUGUCAAGCUUGCGCUUCGACAAGACGAGCUGGAUGCAGCGUCAAUUGCCUUCCUUCGUGACAGUGCUACUGCAGAAGAGGCGAGAUUGAUGCAGGGGGCUCGAGAGAAGGGUGACAGCUACGCCUUUGCCUUUGAGUGCUUACUCGGCCACCUUGCGCUGAAGCUGCCGUACCGCCUGCAUCAAAUCGUAUCUGAGUUCGGCUGGGCACAACCGCUGGAAGGGACUUAG